AUGCCUCUUACGGCUGAAGAAGUGGCUCGGCGGACGAGCAGCAAUGAUCUUGAGUACAUGCAGAUCUUUGGUAAAACAACAGACAAACUACCUCUAGACAGAUGGCGGCCCCCGGCGGAGUCUGGAUAUAAAAUAAAUGUCGAUGGCUCUUUCGUGCCUGGGCAGCAGCACGCUGGUUGGGGUGUCGCAUUGAGAUCAAUGGAAGGCAGUCUCCUAUGUGCUCGGGCAGGGAGAAUUGAGAAUAUCAAUGAUGCAUUUGCUGCUGAAGUUGUAGCUAUGUCCCAGGCAAUCAGUACCACUGCAGAACUAGGCCUGGUUCGGGUGGAGUUUGAAAUAGAUUCGCAACUUCUGGCUGAGGCUCUGGACUUGCGCAAGGUGGAUUCCUCGGUGUAUACGGCUGUUAUUGAGGACAUGGAAUACCAACUGAAGCUUUGGUUCUCUAAAUUCGUUAUCUCUUAUGGGGAGCCCGUCCUUUCGUUCCCAAAACAAAACCCCUGCUCACAGAGGACUCUCCAUGGCUUCUCCCUUCCCACGCACGGCCAGGGUCCAAUCCAAGGCGACACACAAGCCUCUGCUGGCGGCUUCCACUCCUCCCCGUCUCUCGCCGACCAGGGCACUAAGUUCUCAAAGACUUGCAUCAUGAAGGCUGCACAGUUUGGACCUUGGUCAGAUCUUCCUACCGAACUCCUGGGCCUUGUCCUAAAGCGCCUCGAUUCCCUAGCUGACCGUGUUCGUCUGAGAGCAGUCUGUCAACCAUGGCGCUCUAAUAGUAUGUUGCAGAAUCUCCCCCUCCCAUUCCCUUGGCUCACCCUCACCGAUGGAACCUUCCUCGGCAUCCCUGGCAGUGAGGUUCACCGCAUGCCUCUACCAGAUGGUGCUCGUUGGCACGGCUCCAUUGAUAACAGGCUAUUCCUCAUGAGCUGUGAUGGUGCGUGUUCAUUGCUGAACCCUUUUUCCAAGAGCACACUGGAGCUUCCUAAUCUUGCCAGUGUUUGGCAGCGCGAGAUAGAUAACCAUGCUGAAUAUACUGAUGAUGCAGUUUCCUAUAAGUUACUGGCGCCCUCGCCGCUGGAAUCAUCACCCAAGUCCCUUGCUGCUGCGUUGAUCAUCGGCAAUUGUUAUUCUGUUGAUCUUUGUGUCGUUCAACCACCUGCCACCACUUACUCAUUCAGAGGUAUACGUACUGCACUGGGGGAGCCACCAACAUUAGUGGACCUUGCAUUCUUGGAUGGAAGGCUGUACGUGGUAUCUGGAUUUUUCAAGCUUUUCGUCGUUGAUUUUGGUGAGAACCUUGGUACUUAUCCAAAGAUGAAAUGCGUAAUUGACUCUGGUGGUGAUUGUGGAACGCCUCAAUACCUGUCUAAGAAGGUGCUUUAUGGACUCAGCCAGUAUUUAGUGGAAUGUGGUGGUAGGCUGCUGAUGGGGCAAAGAUUUACACACUCACAGGGUUUUAGGAAUUCUCACACUGUUGGAUUUAAUGUCCUUGAGGCAGACUUGCGCACUAACCCGGGUCAGUGGAGAACGGUGAGUGAUUUGGGUGGCCAUGCCCUCUUUCUUGGUAAGCAAAGCUCGAAGUCCCUGCCUGCUGGAGAAUGCAGUGGAUCCCAGGAGGACUGCAUCUACUUCAUCUGCGAUUAUCCUUGUCCAGAGUCUUCUGCAGAACCUCUUCGCGACGCUGGCAUAUACAACGUGAGAAGUGGGAUGAUAAUGCCAUUGCAUUCAAGGAAUCCUGCAGUACCGCAACGCCAAGCUGGUCAGUGGGGCCUGACCUGGUUUUUUCCUUCUGAAGCUAUAUGAUCAACCAAGAAGGAUUUUUUUAGUCUUUUGUGGUCAACCAACAUGCCUGGGUUCUGCUCAUCUUUAUCUUACUAAUAUGUUAUUGUG